AUGCCAUCGCGUCGCAGCCACACCAAGUCCCGCAAGGGCUGCUCGGAGUGCAAAAGGAGGCAUGUCAAGUGCGACGAGGGAGCUCCCAAAUGCUCGCUCUGCAAAAAACGAAAGCUCGAAUGCGUCUAUCCCCCACCAAACAGUGACGCCGACAGUCCGCGGGGAUCGUCCAUUGCCCAGGAUGGGUCUGACAGCGGGGCGUUGACUCCUGGCGGCGACUCGCCCUGGCAAACGCGCAUGGUGGAAAUGAGACUAUUCCAUCAGUAUCUCACGGCAACGUAUCACACCCUCGCCCAGGACGGGCUCUCUGGAUAUCACUUGUCCAUCAGUAUUCCUCGCAUGGCAACAUCCUUCCCCUACUUACUGGACAGUCUCCUGGCACUCUCGGCCCUGCAUUUGGCGACCGCCGAACCCGAAAAUCGGCGCUUGAUGGUCGAUGCCGCGCUGCGGUACCAGAGCCAAGCAUGCUCGGGGCUUGGAAAAGUGCUGUCGGAUAUUUCACCACCGGAUUAUGAGCCGGCUUUUGUAUCGUCGAUUUUUAUCAUGCUGUUCGCCACAGGCCUCCCCGUCGUGUCGCUGGAAAAUCGCCCCGUGGACCCGUUGUCUGCUGUUCUCGAAGUGCGAACGCUGAUUACCGGCUGCGCCAUGCUUUUCAACCGCAUCAAUGAGAUGGGUACGGAUGGCGAAUUGGAUUCCUGGCUAUGUGUCCCCGAAACGGAGGAGAGACUCACCGAGAAAAAAGCACAAGAGUACGACCCCCUUCAAGCGAAUGAUUUUAUUGAUCCUGACAUUGAGAGUUUCUCUAGCGACGACUCAUUAGAAGACAUAUCGAAACUGUUCGACCUACAUCGAUCUAUUAUGCAGUCACUGGAGCAACUGCGCUCCACUGUUGAUACACCCACCAGCCCGAAUCAGGGGUUGUACCAGACGACCUGGAAGUUGUUAUGGCAAGCAAUUGAGCCAUGGCCCAAGAUCGGGUCCCACGGCGGCGUCAUUUCAUGGCCGCUGUUCAUCACCGAUGAAUACUUGAAUUUGCUCCAGAAUGGCGACUGGAUGGCUCGGGUUUUGUUCCUGCAUUACGGCGUGGCCAUGCGGCUUUUGUGCAACCGAUGGUACGUCCGAGACUGGGGCCGCCGGCUGGUCAUGGCGACUCUUGAACCACUCGGCGAGAUCCCGCCCGAAUGGAGCGCCACGAUUUCGUGGAUGAAACAGGCUGUUGAGAUUCGCAGCUAG